GGGGUAGAGUGAAAUUUAGGCUAGGCCUCAUGUUAACAAUUUCCACUCUUCAUUCCUCAGCCAUUCAUUUUACAUCAUUCUCCAACCUUUCUUAGCUUUUUUCCAAUAGGAUGUUUGAAUCUGACCAAAACCCAAUUCCGAGGCCAGCUGGUAGCACCGAGUAUUGCUGGUGCAGAGCCGUGCCUGGUGGCACUGGCAUCACAGUCUUGUCCCUCCUCCUCUCUAAUCCCCCAGAUAUCCCGCUAUUCGAAGCAGCCCUUUCUGCGCUCCAAGUUUCCCAUCCCAUCCUUCGUUCCAGGCUCCACUUUGACGCUUCCAGGAACAAUUUUUCUUUCAUAACAGCUCGUAAGCCUCAUGUUAAAGUUCAAUCCUUUGAUCUCCCAUCAACUUCCCACAUUCUCCAAAGCCUAUCAGAUGAUUCCAACAUUGAUUCGCACCAGUUUUUACUCGAACAUGAAAUGAAUAGGAACUCAUGGGAACACACUGAUGAUGACCAAGCUGACCAGGAUAUUUUUUUUGUCAGCCUUUACACUCUAAGUGAGACAAGAUGGGUGGUGGUGUUCCGGCUGCACACGUCAGCUUGUGACCGAGCUACGACGGUAGCUCUGUUGAGGGAAUUUUUGGAGUUGGUAGGUGGUGGAAGAGCCAAGGCGGAGGAGAUAGGGAAGGGAAAUGAAGAGAAAGAAUUAGAGUUGAGUUUGGGAAUUGAAGAUUUGAUUCCCAGCGGGAAAGCUAACAAGCCUUUUUGGGCACGUGGGAUUGACAUACUUGGCUAUUCGUUGAACUCUUUCAGGUUAGCGAAUCUGAACUUUGUUGAUGCUAAUUCGGCUAGAUGUUCUCAGGUUGUGAGGUUGCAGAUGAACCCAGAUGAGACUGAAAGGCUUGUUGCUGGUUGCAAAUCAAGAGGUAUUAAACUCUGUGGAGCCCUGGCAGCUGCUGGUUUGAUUGCAGCUCGGUCCACUAAAGACUUUCCUGAUCAGCAAAGUGAAAACUAUGCUGUUGUAACCCUCAUUGACUGUCGGUCCAUUCUUAACCCAGUUCUCAGUAGCAAUCAUCUUGGAUUUUACCAUUCUGCCAUCUUAAAUACAUAUGACGUGACUGCCAAUGAAGAAGUAUGGGAGUUAGCCAACAGAUGCCACUCGGCCUUUUCCAACGCCAAGAACAACAACAAGCAUUUCACGGACAUGAAUGACGUAAAUUUCCUCAUGUGUAAGGCCAUUGACAACCCUGGAUUGACUGCAUCAUCAUCUAUGAGAACUGCCUUCAUGUCAGUUUUCGAAGACCCCGUGAUUGAUGAAUCCAACAAGCUGCAUGGAGAAAUUGGCCUAGUGGAUUAUGUUGGGUGCUCUUCUGUUCACGGUGUUGGUCCAACCCUUGCCAUAUUUGACACCAUACGAGAUGGUUGUUUGGAUUGUGCAUGCGUUUAUCCGGCGCCACUGCACUCAAGAGAACAAAUGCAAGAACUGAUUGAUUCGAUCAAAAGAAUUCUUGCGGAUGGUAGUAUCAAUAAUGUAGAGAAUGAUAGCUAGAUCUUUUGUUCGGUGAACAUUGUGCUCACGAACAAUUUAUUUACUAGCCAAUAGCCAUCAUAUAUGAAAUAUAAAUGAACUAGCAAAACUGUCAAUUCAUAGAUUUCUACAAUACAGGUGUAUCAGGCAACUUGGCAGUUGGGAGAUGUAGAUUCGGAUUCUUCCAAGCUAAAGCCUCUUUACUUGCACACCAAAUAAGCUUAUUUCAUCGACUUGAAGAGGUUUCCUCUACUUGUUGCCCUGUAUCAUGUUUUUUACUUUUAAACAAAAUGAAUUUGUUUACCAAGUUAUUUCUACGCUAGAACCAUGUU